AAACAAGAAAUUGGAGAUAUUUUACAACAAAUUAUGACUAUUACCGACCAAAGCUUGGACGAGGCUCAAGCGAGAUGGGUUUCAGGAAAACACACGUUAAAUUGUCAUCGGAUGAAGCCAGCAUUAUUUAGUGUACUAUGUGAAAUCAAAGAAAAAACAGUGCUCAGUAUUAGAAAUACACAAGAGGAAGAACCACCAGAUCCUCAGUUGAUGAGAUUAGAUAAUAUGUUGAUAGCAGAAGGAGUUGCAGGCCCUGAAAAAGGCGGUGGUUCGUCGGCUGCUGCUAACGCUACAGCAGCUGCUUCAGGAGGUCAACCAGAUGGCGCUAUUGAACAUUCUGAUUAUCGAGCCAAGUUAGCCCAGAUUCGACAGAUUUAUCACACAGAACUUGAAAAAUACGAACAGGCGUGUAACGAGUUUACGACCCAUGUUGUUAAUUUAUUGAGAGAACAGAGUAGAACACGACCGAUUGCACCCAAAGAAAUAGAAAGAAUGGUGGGAAUUAUUCGUAAAAAAUUCUCGGCUAUCGAGAUGCAGUUGAAACAGAGUACUUGUGAAGCUGUUAUGAUUCUACGGUCACGAUUUCUAGACGCCAGACGAAAGCGACGUAAUUUCAGUAAACAAGCUACAGAAGUUCUGAAUGAAUAUUUCUAUUCUCAUCUCUCCAAUCCCUACCCUAGUGAGGAGGCUAAGGAAGAACUGGCUAGGAAAUGUUCUAUCACUGUUUCACAGAUUUCCAAUUGGUUUGGUAAUAAACGAAUUCGUUAUAAGAAGAAUAUUGGUAAGGCUCAAGAAGAAGCUAAUAUGUACGCUGCCAAAGCUGCC